AUGGAUACAUUAAUUCCUAAUGAUUACGUGCACAUUACUGGUGGUAAAGAUCUAAAUAUUACUACCGGUAUUCCUUGUAAGAUAACACAUGAUGGGCACUAUUUAGAUAAUGGAGGAGGAAAUCAUGGUUCAUAUGUUAAUUUAAAUUGGCAAACUUAUGACCGAAAUGACAAUUAUUCAAGGCAAAUAUGGUUUUUUGAAGAAACGUCAUACCCUGGAAAAUAUAAAAUUUCCAGUGAUGGAUAUUAUUUAGAUACUUUUGGAGGAGAAAAUAAUUCAGAAUGUCGUAUUAGUAAAAAAAAUCAUCAUGAUAACCCUUAUUAUUUAAGGCAAUUAUGGUCUUUUUUAAAUCAAAAUAUUUUAGAAUCAGAAAAAGUACAAAUACAAAACACUUCGAAUAAAUGUUACUUGGAUACUUGGGGCCAAUAUUCAACUGUUCGCUUUUCAUCUUAUUUUAAUAAACCAGAUGAAGAUUUUUAUUCAAGACAAGUUCCUUUUGUUAUUUUUGCCUCAAAAAAUAGUGGCAAUACUUGCAAUAUAGAAAUUAAUCUAUCUGAAAAAAUGCAAAAUAUCACAUCUUGGUCUUUUAAUAGAAGCAAGGAGAUAGCUUUUUUAGAUAAACUUGAUGUUGAUAUAAAUGCUGAAUAUGCUGGUGUAAGAGGGAAUUUACCUGAAAUUACUGAGUGGGAUAAUAAAAACACUUCUUUAGAAGCUACUAAAAAAGUACAAUUAGAUGAGACUAAAGUUUCUGGAAAAUAUUUAAGUAAAAUGCAAAAUAAAGAAGAGGUCAAGGUCAAAAUCAUUUGGCAUAAGGUUAAUUUGGAUAUUAAAUUUACUGCAACAGCAAAAAUUAAAGGAUUUUCAGAUCGUCUAAGGAAAGAUGGAUCUAUAGCAACAAUGGAGCAAGUAGAUAUCAAUGCUGUAUUAUGUUUCUUAAGAGAUUCUGGCUUCGAAGGAACAUAUUUUGGCGUAGAAGGAAAAAGUGUCUUAGUUGAAGUUACCGGUAGUGUUAAUAUUCAAGGGACUACCCAAGCAAUAUAUCUUAAUAUGUCACUCAUUGGUACACCAAACCCGUGGUAUCUUUUGACUGAUAUACCUACUAGUGUCUCAGCUGCUAAUGCAGUAUUUAAUGGCAACAAUACUGCAUUUUUAAUUAAUUAUUCUACAGUUUAUGCUUAUAAUAAAUCUAAUAAUCAAUUGUAUCCAACGGAUGCAAAUGGAAUUGUACCUCAAACACAAGAUGGCACUAUUAUAAUUUAUGGUAUUAAAAAUUCACCUAUUCCAACAACGGCAAAAUUGAAUACGAAUACUUCACCAUAUACGUGGACGUCUAAUGAAAUUAGCUCGGAUGCUCCACAAUACUUAACUGGUCAUGUAGCAGCAACAAAUAGAACUCAUACACUCGGUAACAUUCAAUUGAAUUUAUAUAGAACUUUAUAA